ACAUAAAUGAUACGACAAUAUAGGAGUAUGUACAAUACGCAGGCGAGGUCAUGCAGAGAGAACUACAUAAAGCUAGAUCUACUUCCUAGUCAUAGCAGACGAAAUUAUCGACAGUCGUUGAGAAUUACUUUGGGUGUUCUCAAAACAUACACAAGGAUGUUAAGUGGUCUAAAGUUGUGUUAUUGUCUAUUGAUUGGCUUACACUUGUGUUUUCUCUCUGCAGCUUCCCCUCAUCUCUGUCAGGAAAACCGCUAUCUGGACAACAUCACUGGGGCAGUGGGCAGCUCUGGCAACAUCACAAUGUGUAUUGCGUCACGUUGCCCCACUGACCAAUGUUUUACAGUGCGCAUCUACAAGCAAACAAGCGACAUGCCCGCUCCAGGUCAUAGCAGCGAUGUCCAAGACGUGCCCACGUUUAAAUUCAACCACACUUGGGUGAAAAACGCCACAUCGUCGCGCCAUCAUUUCCUUUUCUUGGAGAUCUACAAAAUUACGCAGGCUGACUACGGCGUCUGGAAUGUGGUCAUCUCUGAAAACAGGCAAAGGAACUUGACUUUCUCAAUACUCGUUUUGAAUCCGGACACGGCUAGUAGUAUGACAUUCAAAUUCCGGUCCACCAAAGCCAGCAACGAGCUGUCCAUAGACCUGAUGUGCUCUGUUGGGCAAUAUCCUAAAGACGUAGCAAUAAGAAGACUCGGAGAUUCGAAAUUUCUUCAACGAAAAACCUUUAACCCAAAGAACGUCCAGAAGACAUUGACGCUAAAGGUUGAGAUCAGUCCUGCUCUGUGUUUGGACAUGACAACAUACGAGUGCAUUUCUCAAAGCCACCAGCAUCAGGAGUCUCUGGUCCACCUUGAAGUACCGAUUGAAAAGUGUCCGGUGAGAUUGUGUAAAGGUCAACCACAAAGAUUUACUAGACAUUCUCACCUGGGCGGUACAGCUCAUAUCACCCUAUGUGUCGUGGCGUACCCAAACAUUUCCAACACCAUCCUCCUGGACAGCAUCGAGUACGACAUUGCUAACACCAGCUGGAUAGACGUGUUCAAAAACGGUUCAGUGGUCUACACCUAUGUCAGGAUAACGAAACAUCAGCUGGGUCACGAUGACUUCAGGAACUAUAGUGUUGAGAUACGAUCACUGCUUAAUGAUUCUGUGAAGGUGAACUUUCAACUCUUGAAGCAAACUCCAGCAGUGACCUGCUCCAACGCCUCUACAUUCUGUGUGCUCAAAGAGCCUGGAAACCUUAUGAUAAUUUAUGCGCAGAAAGAUUUGACCAUACGAUCUGGUCAAUCUGUCAGACAUCUCUUUGAACCAGCGCAAGAAGAAGCUAUUGUCAAUGUCUUAAUGAAUCGCUCACUUCCUACAGAGACACUCCAGGUUGAACUUUGGAAAGCAAAGUCUCACGAAUCAACUAUCCAGGGAGACAACUGGGUUUAUUUGGGAAACUCUUCUGGACUGAAGUUUUGUUGUGAUCAAGGGAUGCUCUGUUCUUGGUCACACUCUGAUCACAAAGUAAACUUAGAGAAACAGAAUGCUCCUUCAGCUUGCUACAGACUUGAGACGAAUGCAGCAGCUCCUAAAGAAACCUUUGUUAGUCUCUACACCCUGACUAUGUCAAAGAAACAAUAUUUAGUCUCUACCAGUGUUACUUCGAGAACAACAAUUUCAGAUUCAACGCAGAUAGACGACAUAACAGUUAUUGGUGUUGUGUCUGGAAUUAUUGCCAUUUUGAUUAUUUGCUGUAUCAUAGCUGCCAUAAUGAUUCUCAAAUCUCGAAAAGGUGAAAAAGACACAGAAAGAGAGAAUUAUUUGUUUGUUACUGAACCUGUUUACGACAGACCUGUUUACGGCAGACCUGUAGACAACACCUGAGUCUCACUGUCCCUCAUAUCUUCAUAUAAACAAAUCAUAUCAUAAACCGUUUUGAUAUUAUAGAAAUUCAGAUUUGAGAAAGCAACAAUAAGAAUCAAUCAAAAAGACAACAACGUCAUUUCAAGAUCUGUCACAUAUACAACGGCAUCGAUGAAUUCAAACGUGAUUUCAUAUAGGCAGCGCAUUCAUUGGAACAUUGGCAAGUUUAGAAUGACACAUUAGUUUUGUGAUAUUUAAAAAAAAAAUAUGAAAAGAACCUUUUUAAAAUCCUUUAUUGU